AUGGCAUCAAAUAGCAGCACUGACGAGAAGAAGCCGAAGCCCUCGCGCGCCCCCAAGCAGACGCAGGUCUACGAAUCUGAUGGCGAGGAGUCCUCAGAUUACGAGCCGCCCCGGAGACGGCGCGGUCAGCGCCAGCAGAGGAAGGCCGGCGGGCCACUAGACAACCUCGCCCUCGACAAUGUGCAGAACACGGCCGGCGGACUCACCAAUACGGCGACAAAUGCCCUCGGCAACGUUGCCGGGGGUGCCGUGCAACAACAACAACAACCACAAGAAAAGGCCGGCGGGAAGAGCGAUACACUGAGGCUCCGCCUGGACCUCAACCUCGAUAUUGAGAUAACACUCAAGGCGAAGAUCCAUGGUGAUCUUGAACUUGCCCUCUUUCAAGAUCCCUACAAGACUGGAUGA